GCGGAUUUCAUGACGUCUCUCUGCGUGGUCCAUCACUUUUCUCCUAACCGGGGAUUUUUUUUUACUUCUGCCACUCUUAUCUUUCCCCGCUUCAUUCCACCCAGUCUCCCUCCCCCGUCCCUGCCCAAACGCGUGCCCCUCCGCCCCUCCUUUGGCCCCGGUACCCAGCCCUGCUCUCCGCGCUCGGCCGGAGGGAGCCAGUCCGGAGACGGCUGCACCUGGCUGGAGAGGCUGGGCGGGCGGAGGGGUGGAGACCCGCGGGCGCCGGGAAGCCGGACCUGGAGCAGGAGCAGCUGCGAGCAAGAAUGGAGUCUCCUAACAGCCUCUCGGGGCUGAUGUGAAAUUUGACCACCUGAUUCCAGUUUUUUUCUUUUCCUUUUCUUUUUUGCAUUUCCUUCCCUCGCCAUCCGUCGUGUAGUGAAUUGUUCAGUCUUGCUCCGUUUCGAGAGAGGAGAUCAUGAUUGAGUGAAGCCACCCCGUCCGCAGCCAGGAAAAGCACAAAGAAGAAACUGCAACAAUGGCCAAGCUGACAGAAUCCAUGACUAACGUCCUGGAGGGUGACUCCAUGGAUCAGGAUGUCGAGAGCCCAGUGGCCAUUCACCAGCCAAAGUUGCCUAAGCAGGCCAGGGAUGACCUGCCGAGACACAUCAGCCGAGACCGGACCAAAAGGAAAAUCCAGAGGUAUGUGAGGAAAGAUGGAAAAUGCAACGUUCAUCAUGGCAACGUGAGGGAGACCUAUCGCUACCUGACUGAUAUCUUCACCACCUUAGUCGACCUGAAGUGGAGAUUCAACCUGUUGAUUUUCGUCAUGGUUUACACAGUGACCUGGCUCUUUUUUGGAAUGAUCUGGUGGUUGAUCGCGUACAUCCGGGGAGAUAUGGACCACAUAGAGGACCCCUCCUGGACUCCUUGUGUUACCAACCUCAACGGGUUCGUCUCUGCUUUUUUAUUCUCAAUAGAGACAGAAACCACCAUUGGUUAUGGCUACCGGGUCAUCACGGAUAAAUGCCCAGAGGGAAUUAUUCUCCUCUUAAUCCAAUCUGUGUUGGGGUCCAUUGUCAAUGCAUUCAUGGUGGGAUGCAUGUUUGUAAAAAUCUCUCAACCCAAGAAGAGGGCAGAGACCCUGGUCUUUUCCACCCAUGCAGUGAUCUCCAUGCGGGAUGGGAAACUGUGCCUGAUGUUCCGGGUAGGGGACCUUAGGAAUUCCCACAUUGUGGAGGCUUCCAUCAGAGCCAAGUUGAUCAAAUCCAAACAGACCUCGGAGGGGGAGUUCAUCCCGUUGAAUCAGACGGAUAUCAACGUAGGGUAUUACACGGGGGAUGACCGUCUGUUUCUGGUGUCACCGCUGAUCAUUAGCCAUGAAAUUAAUCAGCAGAGUCCUUUCUGGGAGAUCUCCAAAGCCCAGCUGCCCAAAGAGGAACUGGAAAUUGUGGUCAUCCUAGAAGGAAUGGUGGAAGCCACAGGGCUAUGCAACCAGUGGUCCCAUCAAUAGAAACAUUAAGAGGUAAGUAUCCCUCUGGUGGAAACUUUACAAGCCAAAGUGUGUUCCCUUCCCACUUCUAAGGCUCUCGUGGAAGCACAUGUCACAGAGAAGCUUCUGUCCUCCUGACCUUUGACUGGCUUUGAAGAGUGGACCCAAGCCAAGUCCCAUGUGAUAUACAGCAUGACUGAGAAAUAACCUUAUGUUGGGUUAAGCCACUGAAAUUUGGGUUGUCAUCAAGGUAAAAUCUAGCCUAUCUUGCCUGAUAUAAAAUGUCACAUUAACAUUUGACAAGUUGGCCAUUGUAUACUGCCAAGCAUACUAGACUUGCCAGGAAAUGAAUCUGUAACUGGCUACUUUGCAGAACUUCUCCUCCAGGUUUUAAAUUCUUUCUUCACUGGUGAAGACUGAGAUCAGACAGACUGAAUUCAAAUUCUGUCUCUACUCUUGACUAUCCCUGUGAUUGAGCAUAUCACAUUCCUUACCUUCACAAAAAUUUUUUUUCCCAUUCUGAAAAAUUGGAAUGAUUCUUGUACCUGCAAAAAGAUUCCAUGAGAUAAUCAUGCACAUCCUUCAUUGUGGAGCCCAAUGUGUAGUAGGUGCUCAAUCAAUCAAGAGAGUAGCACUAUGAUUCUGUGAAUCAUACUGUUCUCAUAGCUAUCAUUCAUUUCAUGCCUAAUGGAUGCCAAUUACCUUAUUAGAUGUUUUGCAUGGAUUAUUUUAAAUCUUCAAAGCAAUUCUGAAAUGUGGGUACCAUUCUUAUUUAACAAAUGAGGAAGUUGGGUCUUGGGUAGGGGUUGGGAAGACAGUAACUUGGCCAAGGUCACCCAGCUGGUGAAGUGAUAAAGCCAGGAUGCAGUCUCAGGGCUGCCCCCUCCCCAGUCUAUCUGCUCCAGUGCCCCUCUAGAGGAGCCUACACAAAUCCUAUGGCAUGUCUGAGGGGCUCCAAGGUAGUGGUUAUUGAUUAGAGUUCAUUAAUGCACCGACAACUAUGACUCAAUGAUAUAUAAUUUCUUGAUUACAGGCCAUGGCUUCUCUACCGGGCUCCCCUUGCCUGACUGCAGGAAGCAGGCAGGGAUGAUCCACUCUUGCAUAACAGUUGGCAUUGAGUCCCCUGAAAGGGCAGCCUAGAGGCUCCCACCCUCCAGUUCUACCCAAUUCAGUGUUAUCAGGUGACUGUGCCAGUUGAAGCUCUGGGUUAACCCCAUCCAAAAUGCCCUGGUGCCAUGCCAAGUAUAAUCCAAAGUGCAACCAACCGGCCAGCUGACAAACCCUUAAGGGAGGAAAAAAAAAAAAAAGUUUAACACUGAAAGGCAAAAAUCAAUUUUGACUCUGAAUUCCCUGCCAGAAAGCACUAUAAUAAAAAGAUAUAGGCUUUGAUCAGCCUAAUUAAGCUCGGCUGGGGUUUCCAUUCCACUGUAAAAGAUUCAACAAGACCCUUUUUGGAGAAGAUGAUGAUGAUGAUGAUGAUGACGACGACGACGACGACUCAUACUGAGGCCAUCCUAGGAAGAUUUUAAUUAUGCAUCUGCUAAGUAAAUACAUUUCCUUUUACAUUUCCUCAAGCAUGUUUUAUAUAGUGUAAAUAUUAAUAGAAAUCUGUGAAAGCAGACGGAUAAUGGAGGGCUUGAUGAGUAAUGGGAUUAGAGGAGAAUGUACAAUAGGGGAUUGCUGAGAUGGCUAGACUGUAGAGACUGAGUCUAAAAUAGAUUAAGGCUCCAUUCGCAUUGGCCCAAAAUUAAGUAUGUUUAAUACAACUUGGAAAGCUAAAGUAGUGAUAAAAAGCAGGGCUUUGUUUGCUUAACAUACUCAGUAAUAUGUACUUUGUUUCCUCAAAGUUGGAAAAGGUGUACAACCUCAGGGGAACAAAAAUGCUGCUGGUUCAUGAUCCCCCUAGAUGAUGUUAAGGAUUCAUGAGGUCCGACACGGAUGGGUCAAGAGAGAUUUCCAAGCAUUUUCCUGGUCCCUCCAGCAGAAUUUCUUUUUGUUCCCCCAAAGGGACCUCAGCAUGUUCAGUCUGGCCUGCAGACCCUGUGUCACCCCAUACCCUCAAGGCUAGGGGAAGAGAAGGGUCAUAUCUGUUAAGCCAACAACAGAUGGGACAUGAUUACCAAUGAGAGGGAAGGCAACUUGAGGGGCCACCCACAAACCAGGCGCAGCAGAGCAGGGCGGGGCUGGGUUCCAAUACAGCUGCAUGGAGUCACAUCCUGGGUUUGGUGGAUGAAUUAGCAAAAGCCUCAUCUGUGGCUGGAUUUCUCAUCCCUGACAUUGAAGAGGCUCAGUGUGAGCACUUUGAGUUCCCAUGCCAGCCAGGCAAGGUGUCCUUCACUGCCACAUUGAAAGGUAAAAUGGCACAGUGGCGUUUCUGUCCUUGAGUGUAGUCUGACACAUACUCGACCAGGUACAAGGAGCAUCUCAUGAAUAAUGAGCACCCAUGACCCAGGAAGGUGGUGGCCCAGUGGAGAGGGGGCAUGGAGGGUGUUAGCUGUUUUGUGCACUUGCCUUCAGAGGUACCUGUCACAUGUCCCACCCUAGGGUCUCUUAUGAUGAUGAAACGAAAUCCACAGAUGUAAUAUGAAUUUAAUUUAAAUGUUUAGUCUUUUUAUCGUCCAACCCACCAAACUCAUAAUUUCCACUUUCUUCCCUCUCUUCAGUCUUUCAACACCCCCUCCCCCUUAGAUAGCAACCUGGUCUCAUGCUUAGUUGAGAAAAUAGAAGCAAUCAGACUGAACACUGGCAUCUUAUCACGACCAUUUCUGCCACACACCUGGGCCUCUCCCUCUUUCUUCCCCCCUGUUGCUGUGGAGCCCUGUUCCAUCAAGGACCAUCUCCGCAUCACAUCUCCUCAGCUUACUUAAAGACUUUUGGACUAUAACCAUCCUCUUUCUUUCCUCCAUCACCAAUUUUUCCUAAUAGUUUUAUUUCCAUCAACAUGAAAACAUUCCUUGAUAUUCACCACCCCAAAGAACAAACAAAGAAAAACAAAACUAUACUUCUUUUGGUGCCAUGUCCCUUUCUAGUACUAUCCCAUUUCUCAGCUCUCUUUCCCUCAGGACUUCUAGAAAGAAUUGCCUGUCCUCUCCUUCACACUUUCUUACUUCCCAUCUCAAACAGGCUUACCUUCCCACCACACCACCAAAACUCACCAACAACGUCCAUCCUGCCAGAUCCGAAGACCACUCCACUGUUCCUGUGUUCCCUGGCCUCUCCACAUCAUUGGUGCACUUGACCACAGCCUCCCUCUCCAGCACUUUCUUCCCUGGCACUCAUGACUCCCCUACUGCUCUCCCUCCUACCUCAAUAAGAUGCCUUUCCAUUCUCCUCUGCAAGCUAUUCUUCUUUUCCCAAAAUGCCUCAGAGCCUAUUCCAACCAGAGUCCUAUCCCCCUACUUUCCUUCUCAGCGACUUCAGCCUUUGGCUUUAAUUACCAUCUUUUUCUAUGUGACACCAAAUUUCUGUCUACAGUACUAACCUCUCCCCUGAGCUCUGCACUCAAAGAUUUAAAGGCCUACUUGGCCUAACAAGCUUGUACAACCAGUGUGGCUAAAGCAGAAGCUAGAGAUUUCCCAAGUCCUCUACAGUCUGUUCCGCUCUUCAUCUUCCUCAAAGCCAUAAAUGUUAUUAUGAGCUAUACAGUGACUCAAGUCAAAACCUACAGUGUCAUCGGAGAUUCAUCUCAGUCCCUUACCAUGGAAGUCCUGUGGGUAUUACUUCCAAAAUAUGUCUGUCUCUACGGCCACCAUCCCAGAUUAAGUUGUCAUAAUGUGGAGGCAGUGACGUUCAACUGGUCUAUCUGCUAAUGACCACGCUGCCAAACUUCACUUGGCACAGAACAGCCAGAGCACUUUUUUUUUUUUUUU